AUGUCUCAAGACGAGAAUAAACUUCAGGCAUCCGAGUCUACAAACGUAAUGGAUGAUCCAAAAGUUAAAGAUAUACCACAAUUGUCUUCCGAACCUGUAUAUGUUGUAGAAAAAGAGCCUGCAAAUGUAGAAGAAAAAGAGCCUGCAAAUGUAGAAGAAAGAGAGUUCGCAAAUUAUGCAGAAAAAGAUCAUAAACCUCAGUUAUCUUCCGAUAAUAAUGUAGCACUAGAAGUUUCUGAUACUAAUAAUGUUAAUAAACCAAAAUAUGAAAUGGCUAAAACUGAACUUUUACUAGUUUUUGUCGGUCUUGCACUGGCUAUAUUUUUAGCUGCUUUGGAUCAAACUAUAGUUGCUACUGCUUUACCAGCUAUUGCAAUAGAAUUCAACGCCAUUGAUCAAAUCUCAUGGGUUGGAACGGCUUAUUUACUUACUGCGACCGGUUUCCAGCCAACAUAUGGUGCACUUUCAGAUAUAUUUGGUCGAAAAUACGUUUUCCUCGCAGCAAUAUUUUUAUUCGAACUUGGUUCUCUUUUAUGUGGUCUAUCCGUUAAUAUGACCAUGUUAAUCAUAUCGCGUGGCGUUGCUGGCAUAGGUGGGGGCGGUCUUAUAGGAAUGAUAUUGAUUAUUAUUAGUGAAAUAGUUUCAAUCAAAGACCGUGGAAAAUACCAAGGAAUGAUAGGUGGUUGCUUUGGUAUUGCGUCUGUUGUGGGUCCACUAUUGGGUGGUGCUUUUACUGACAAGGUCACAUGGAGAUGGGCAUUUUUUAUUAAUCUUCCUCUAGGUGUCAUCACUUUUUUUACUGUUGUCUUUCUAUUGCACCUUCCAAUUCCUACUGGCUCUCUUUGGGCAAAACUUAAACUCAUUGAUUGGUUGGGUUCUUUUACUCUGGUUGCUUCUACUAUUCUUUUGCUACUACCACUUAAUUGGGCUGGUUCAACUUAUGCAUGGAGUGAUCCUAUUAUUAUAGUUUUAUUAUGUUUAGGUGCUGUUGGAUAUAUCAUAUUUAUUCUUAUUGAAGCAAAGUUUGCUGAAGUGCCAAUUGCUCCCC